UACUUACAAGCUCAUUCCCAACGAUGCAGAGUUCAAUAAGAAAAUGUUUAAACACAUGAGAAAUAAAACACACAAGAAUGAAGUUAUAUACAAGGACUACCACUAACAUAUCAUUAUGCAGGGAACGUGGUGAUUGACGUACAUACAGUACGUACAUAUAGGCAGGGGUCAAGUUUCUAACCGGUGGGUGUACUGUAUAUGUACAUGUGUGGUAAUGUCCGCUGGGCUCAGACGUCAGUUCAACGUCUAUCAGCGUCAAAGCAAUUCAAAAUUAUAAAACAAAGCUAUUUGUUUUCAUGAGCAAUCUCAUUCACGCAAUCUCCAGUACACAAUGUAAGAAUAUAUUUCCCAGUACUGUCAAAUCUGAAGCUGGCCCACGUUCAGUUGCCAAACGUUGUCGACCGUUGCAGAUAGAAAUGGCAUGAAUAGAGCCUACAUGAGUCCUUGUUCUAUAUGUGAGAGAGGCGUGUUAAAUAUUCUACAUAACACAUUUCUAUCUGAACGUUCAAACACGUCGUGUCCUGCUGAACCAAUGACUGUGCUGAACGCGUCCCUGUUUUUCUCCUGGACGAUAUUCCCGCGGAAUCUCGCGGUAAUGACCGGGUUGACCCUGCCCUAUGUCUCGCGCACUAGCAGCUUCAUGCUCGGUAUAUAAAGGAGGACAACGGCGGGUGAAGUACGGCUGGGAAGGCAGAGUCCGUGUUUGUAAAUAAGACCGUUAAAAACCUGUGUUUUAUUUACAAAAGUUAUGCCGGCUAAUUGUAAGUGUCGUACCCAGUUGUUUUAGAUCGUGUAUUUUUUUUUUUUUAACUCUUAUUCCUCGCUUGAUUUUCGUGUGGUUUUACACUACGCGUAAUGGCGAGCUCGGCUAACUCGAAUCAAGUGCCUAAACUGUACAGGUCUGUGAUUGAAGAUGUUAUCAACGAGGUCCGGGAGCUCUUCCUGGAUGAGGGGGUGGACGAGCAGGUCCUCAUGGAACUCAAAACGCUGUGGGAGAACAAGCUAAUGCAGAGUAAGGCAGUGGAGGGCUUCAACACAGAGGAGCAGGCGGCCCUUCAGGCAGCAGCCCAGCAGGCCACCCAGCAAGCCCAGACACAGCAGGUCCUCCUGCCCCCGCAGCAGCAAGUGACGAGCUGGCAGUCGACCCGGCCUACUGUCACGAGCGCAUCCCAGCAGCAAGUCAUUGUGCAGGAUCCUAAGAUUCUGCAGCAUAUGAGUGCAACAGGGAUGAGUGCAGCAACCACCACAGCAACCAUGGCCUUACCAACAGGAGUCAGUCCCUACCAACAACUCAUCACUAGCCAAGGCGGCAAUUUGCCCCAGACUAUGUAUCUUAAAACAGCGGACGGUCAGAUCCUGCAGGUGGUGCGUGCGGCUAACGGGGCCCAGUACAUUAUCCAGCCUCAGCAGCAGAUGGUCCUUCAGCAGCAGGUCCUUCCUCAGAUGCAGCCUGGCGGUGGGCAGGCCCCCGUCAUACAGCAGGUACGCCCCAUCACACAGGUGCUGGCUCCUCUUCAGGGUGGACUCCCCCAGGUGUUGGCUCCUCUCCAGGGAGGCCUCCCACAGCAGACAGGAGUCAUCAUCCAGCCUCAACAGGUCAUCCUCACUGGGAACAAGGUCCAGCAGAACGCACAGGUAAUGCAGAUGGCAGGCCAGCCCGGCCAGGUGCAGCAGAUCCAGCAGCAGGUCCAACAAGUCCAACAGGUCCAGGGCGGAGCUGCACCAGGAGGCCCACAGCAGCAGCAGGCCCAGCAGCAGCAGCAGCAGCCUCCUAUAAUGCUGCAGGUGGACGGAGCGGGGGACACGUCCUCAGAGGAAGAAGAUGAGGAGGAAGAGUAUGACGAGGAGGAAGAUGAAGAAAAGGAAAAAGAUGGCGAGGACGGCCAGGUGGAGGAGGAGCCUCUGAACAGUGAAGAUGAUGUGAGUGAUGAGGAGGACCAAGAACUGUUUGAUACAGAGAACGUGGUGGUGUGCCAGUACGACAAGAUCCACAGAAGUAAGAACAAAUGGAAAUUCCACUUGAAGGAUGGGAUCAUGAACCUGAACGGCCGAGACUACGUCUUCUCCAAAGCCAUCGGGGACGCAGAGUGGUAAAACACACAACACAAAGUAAUGCAUCCCAAAUGGCACCCUAUUUCCUAUAUAGUGCACUACAUUUGACCAGGGCCCUUAAGCCUCUGGUCAAAAGUGGUGCACUACUUAGGGAAUAGGGUGCCAUUUGGAACGCAGAAAAGAACAAAACAAAGAAACCACCACGAAGGCACUCUGGAACUUUCUGUCAAGUGAGAAAGAGACGGAACAAUAACUAUGACCCAGGGAAUCACUGGAGAUAUUUCAGCCGGAGGACCUGUGAUGGGUUGGUUGGGGAAGGAAAUAAACGUAACACACCACCCAAAACUGUGAUACUGACUGAUGCACAUCUGCAUGAAUGGUAUAUCUGUAUCAACACCCUACAAGCCUCAGAAGACAAGAUACUGAGGAUUCCAUGCAGCAUGGCCGAGGGAUCGAAGGAGCAAUCCUUUUAGGUUCUUUGUUUGACUGAAUUCACCUCCAUUUUGAACUGACUGUUCUCUCCCACACUUAUAGUGGACCAGAUAUAACCACCGACUUGAGUUGAACCACCCUAAACAUUUUAUGCCAAUGGGUUUGAAUCCGGGCCAAAGGUCAGUUAAAAUACCCAGUGAUUGGACAGGGAGUCUUUCAAUCCCAGUUGUGUGCCCAGUGAUUGCCUAGGAAACCUGUCAGUCAAUUACAGUUUUUUCAGUGACUGGGCACUACACAGUGAAGUUGACACCAGUAUAUUGACUUAAGAUGGCUGUUUGAAAAGGCUGAUGUUAUUAGCUUCAUCUGCUUGUAGAUCUGGGUCCAUGUCACUGAUAUGAUAUUCCUGCCACAUGUUCUUGUGGUCCAUACUGAGUGUCCUCCUGUGUAUCUAGUUGAUACUGAUAGCCAAUGUGUUCAGCAGUCUAGCUCCCCUCCUGUUGCUGUUUUUAAUUAUUUUUGUAUUAUGAUGAAGACGAACACUAAAGGCAAAAGGAUGUCAGUUAACGACAUAGUGACCUAAGGAAUCCAUGUUUUUAUUUUCUUUGAGAUUGCAGAGUCUAAAGAUUUCUUCCAGAGCCAUAUAUUUAAAUGUAUGGCUCUGAUUUCUACCUGUCUGCUUCUUGCCCUAAUCCUGAAUCAUCCUAUCGUUGACUGGCCCUUAGUAAAGAAUCAACCAAUGAAUGGAUAGAUACAAUUAUUUUAAAAAACGUCUUCAAAUCCCUUAUCUGAGAGUUUACCUGUUUUGUGUAUCUGGUCUUCUGAUUCGGUACUUAAUCAGUACAGCCAGCUGGAGAAUUGCACUGUCAGUGGCAAUGUAUCGUUCAGAGUAUGUCCACAGCCACAACAUGCCCAAUCCUUCUGGCUUAUUUUUCUUGUGUGUCUUUGUGUGUGUGUGUGUGAGUGUUACUAGUUUGAGGUCUGUCUGAAGAAGAUGAUGUCAUCUUGAAGAAGAUGAUGUCAUCAGUUCAAUGUUGUUGGAAUGGUCACCCCCACAUCCCCUUUCUGACGUUACAGUACAAAUUGAUAAUAUUUGUAUUAUUAAUUUCUUUUUUUUUGUAGAUGUUUUUUGUUGUUGUAUUUAUUCCUGAAAGGUCAGGCAAUGUUAUAUUUUUUGGGGGGUUAAAAAAGGCAAGAAGCCGCACCAAACUGUGCUCUUAUGAUGAUAACUAAGUGUUCCUUUUCUGCCUAUGUUGUUCUGUUGGCUGGACUAGGCUCCAUCAUGUGCUGUGCUCCAUGUCAUGGCUGCUGUGUUUAUGUAAAGCACUGUCUGUCUGUCGUGUACUUUCAUUCUAAUCAUGAUGAUUUUAUAAAAGUCCUGUUCACGCGAGUUUCCACUGGGGGUAACUUGGCGUGUGUUCUCUGCAGUUUCUAUUUUAACUGUCCCUUAUGCAUAUUUUUCUUCUCUUAAAGAGGUCAACUGUUUUCAGCUUUUCUUAGUGUCUUUUGAUACUGUUUUGGUUUUGUGUAUAUACGUGUGGUUGUGCAGUCGGUCCCAGACACAAUGGCCCAAAGUAAAGUAAUUCUGUUGAGAAAUGUAUAACAUUUCGGAGUAGAUUCUGGGUCUAGAACUGAGUAGCUUCUAUUUCUGGAACUUUUGGCUUGAACAAGCAUAUGACAUUAGCCAGAGCCACUCUCCUGCUCAAGUGGUUUUGGAAUAAAUGGCUCCUGCUCAAGCAGUGUAUUCCAAAAUUAUUUUAGCGUAGUUCAUAAUUCCAUGUGUUCCAAUUCCCUGACGUCAUUUCCUACGCGUGCCUUUUGGAUUUUAAUUUGGCUUCCAACUAUUCAAAUAUAUAACCAUGUCUCUAGAAAAUGUACCGGUACUUUAACUUCUUUUUCAUGUACCAUGGGUUUCAACUGCUGUUCAAAUAACUGUUUGAGGGAAAUGUGUUAUGUGUAUUAUAAAUCAUACUGUUUUUAUUUUUUAUUUUAAAUCAAAGAUCUUUGUAAAUGACCAUAACUUGGAAGGCUGUGCUUUGAAUACAACUAAUUAGAGAAGGUAGUAUUUUAUUGAACAGACCCAUUGAGUUUUUUUUUGCCUUUUGCUAAAAAAUGUAUUAAAGUAAUAUGAAAACUG